AUGGGCGAGUUCUUGUUCAAUAUUGAUCAUGGCUACCUGGAGGCUUUAAUCCGUGGCUUCAAGACCGGUCUUCUGACCUCUACUGACUACGCAAACUUGGUGCAAUGUGAAACUUUGGAAGGUAAGAGUUGUUUUUUUUUUAUUUCUGUUUUUAGACUUGAAGCUUCACAUUCAGUCAACUGACUACGGAAAUUUUUUGGCCAAUGAGCCAGGAAACAUUACUGUGCAAGUUAUUGAUGAGAGACUCAAGGAGAAGUUGGUUACUGAGUUCACACAUCUCAGAAAUAAUUCACUAGAACCUUUGUCAACUUUCUUGGACUAUAUUACGUAGGUUUUUGUAAAAAUUUUUUAAUAUUUAGUUAAAAUGAGGAUUAUAAGGUAAUCAAUAUUGUUUACUCUUUCAGUUAUUCAUACAUGAUCGAUAACAUAAUUUUAUUGAUUACGGGAACGUUGCAUCAACGCCCGAUUAACGAACUUAUUUCCAAGUGUCAUCCACUGGGUUCUUUUGAACAGAUGGAGGCCAUUCAUAUUGCUUCGACUCCAGCUGAACUUUACAAUGCUGUUUUGGUCGAUACUCCAUUGGGUAAGUCUUUAAAUUUAGAUCUUAUUCUGUAUUUUUAGCCCCUUAUUUUGUUGACUGUAUAAAUGAACAAGAUCUGGAUGAGAUGAACGUGGAAAUCAUCAGAAACACCUUGUACAAAGCCUAUCUCGAAGAUUUCUUCAAGUUCUGUAAAAACCUUGGUGGUAAAACGGCCGAAGUAAUGUGCGAAAUUUUGGCUGUAAGUUUUCGUGGAAAUUUUUGUCUUUGUUAAAAAACGGAAAUACAAUGUUCAUUUUUUAGUUCGAAGCCGACAGAAGAGCCAUUAUCAUCACUAUCAACAGUUUUGACACUGAAUUGGCCAAAGACGACCGUGCCAAGUUGUACCCACGUUGCGGAAAACUUUACCCAGAAGGUUUAGCCGGCCUCGCUCGUGCUGAUGAUUACGACCAAGUCAAACAAGUCUGUGAAUAUUACUCUGACUACAAAGCUCUGUUCGAAGGCAGUGGUGUGAACCCAGGAGAAAAGACUUUGGAAGACAAAUUCUUCGAAUACGAAGUAAGGAAAACUAAUAUUUAUAUAGUUAAGUCUUUUUAAAAUAUUUUGUUUUCUAGAAAUGUAUGACGUAUGUCUUUCAGGUCAAGCUAAAUGUACAGUCGUAUCUUCACCAAUUUCACUUCGGCGUGUUCUACGCCUUCAUCAAACUAAAGGAACAAGAGAUGAGGAACAUAAUCUGGAUUGCCGAAUGCAUAGCACAACGACACAGAGCCAAGAUUGACAACUACAUCCAAAUCCUUUAA